GAUCUAUGACGUCAUUUUACCAAUACGGAAGUACUGUGUGGAGAAAUUAGUCUUGUUUACACGUGACAUGCAACUUGAAAGGAGUUUGGCGCUAGUGUUCCGUGAAGAAACGCAGAAUGUUCCCUGCACCGACAGGCCGAAUCCACAGUGUGCAGCCUUCUGCGUCUCCACAGCUCCGACAGCGCACACUGACUCCUGCCCACAACAGCACCCAUGGGCCUGCAUUAAAAAUGUUACCUACCUAUGAAUGGAAACUUCCAUUAUCCACACCUCCAUUCCCUCUUAGUCGCACACCAACUUUGUCCAGCGGACGCAAGAGGCAGAAUGAAGAAUGCAGUCCACAGAUCACAAAACGCCAGUGUCUUGAGUCCACCUCUCAGUUAAGGAUCAUUGUUCCAUGCACACCCACUGCACCAUCACUACCUGCUCCUAAUCAGUCAGUGGCAGUGACCCCAAAUACAUAUGUCCCUGGUUACUGUGGUCUGCGCCCACAGCCUUCUCCCCAGCCGCAUGUGCCUAUUAAUCCACCAAGGGACAACCUACUCACCUAUGCUAAGGACAAGUUGAGUGGCCAGUUGGUGGAUCUGUUUGAGGCAUGCCAACAGCAAAUUACAGAUUUAACUCGAAAAGAGAGGUGUAGAACUUGGCUGCAGCAGGACAUACAGACCGUCUUUCCACUGGCACGGCUUUACCUGACCGGAUCUUCAAUGAAUGGUCUUGGCUGCAGGAGUAGUGACGCUGAUCUGUGUUUGGUUGUUAACAGAUAUCAACGGCCUGAUCCUUAUAGCUUACUGUAUUUUCUCAGAGGAUUCUUCAGAUCACUAUCAUAUGUAGAGCAGAUUCAGCUGAUCAGAGCCAAGGUGCCCAUCCUACGGUUCAGAGAAAAAGGCAGUGAUCUAGAGUUUGAUAUGAAUAUCAACAACACAGUGGGCAUUAGAAACACCUUCCUUCUAAGGAGUUAUGCCUAUGCUGAUCUCAGGAUACGACCCAUCGUCCUUGCAGUCAAGAAAUGGGCAAAGUACCAUCACAUCAAUGAUGCCAGCCAAGGAACAUUAAGCAGCUAUGCACUAGUGCUGAUGGUGCUGCACUACCUCCAGACUCUUAAAGAACCAGUUCUUCCAUCUCUCCAGAAGGACUACCCAGAGUGCUUUAAUCCCUUGAUGGACAUCGACAUGGUUCCAGACGGUCCCAAAUACAUCCCGCCUUACAACUCAAAGAACCAGUCUUCUCUGGGAGACCUGUUUUUGGGUUUUCUUAAAUACUAUGCCACAGAGUUCAGGUGGGAUAAGCAUGUGAUUUCUGUUCAAGAAGGCAGCGCUUUGCCCAAGAAUAAUUCUCCAGAGUGGAACAACAAAUGUAUAUGUGUGGAAGAGCCGUUUGAAAAAAAGAAUGUGGCCAGGGCGGUCCAUCAGCUGGUAAAGUUUGAUGCCAUUAAAGCUCAGUUUGCUGAGUCAUUUAAGAUACUACAGCAGAGGAAGGACCUGAACUCCAUCCUGCCCGUCAGAGCCAUCAUGAAUAAAGAGUCAUCCAGGAAAUAAGGGACUGAUAUGGUUAGAUACGCUGACUGGAGUUUGCUACCUCACAGGAGGUCUGUAUCCAGGAAUGAAGUUAGAUUUAAGGAUAUGCUUUGAGGAGUCCUACACCCCCUCCACCACCACUGCAGUCACCCCCAGGAUUCAAGUUCUGUGCCUCCUUGGACUUUGGCAGGACCUACUGAACACACUGCACCCAUUCUGCAGCCUUUUCACAUUUUUGGUAUUGAUAUAUGUUUGAGGACCAACAGCAGAGAGGUUUUAAAACAAACUUCUCUAAAACUGCUGAAUGAGAUAAUAUGUAAUGUGAUCAUUCGUACUGGAAAUUAUUUUACUGCUAUGGGCUAAUAUUUUCCAACACAUUCUAUGGACUGAGAAAAUGAGAUACUUGAUCACACUUGGAACUCGAUGCAGCAGCUUUGAAGUGCUGGUCAGAGGAUAAACGAUUCACACAGUCUCAGCCAAAGGUUUUAUCCUCUGAUUUAAUUUUUUGGGUUCAUCCAGACAGCUAGACAACUUUUUUUCUUCUUUUUAUUUUUAUUUAUUUAUUUAUUUUUGAUAAAUACCAUGUUGCCUGUCUAGCACAGUGCUUACAGAUGUCUAUGCUGUAGUAUUCAGUUUCCAUAAACUAACAUUUAAAGGUGGCAUUGUUCUUUUAUUUGAUUGUGUUGGGGGGUUACAGUGAACAGAGACAUGUUUUUGCAGCGAUGUUAAAAAAUAUUUGAUUGUAGCUA